GACUGACUAAAGCGAAAGACUUGAUUGGUCGAUUAGGAUCAGGGGCGUUUCCAAAGAUAUGCAUAUGUAGAUAACGCUUUUAUGAUUGGAUAGCUCAGAGUGUUUGGCUGAGACUCAUUGGCGGAAAACAGAUGUGGGCGUGUAUUCAAAGAUCGCUUUGUUAAUGAAAACAUUUAUCUUUUGUAACAUUCACAUAGGAUUAAAGAAAUGUAUGGGUUUUUUUGAGCGAAAAGAUAAAAGACUCAUUGUGUCUUUUGUUUUAUGAUUGUCAAAUUGCACACUUUGGAAAAAUUUCACAUCUCUUUUAUAUAACUGACAGUUAAAGACGUUAUAUAUAUUUAAAAAAAGCAUUGACAACAUGCUAAAACUUAUAAUUUUUAUUCACAAAAUAUUUAAAUAUAUCCAAUUUUAUAAGGAUUUUUGUUAUGAGCUUGGAUUAAAACAUAGAUAUACAAUAACCUAACUAGACAAAAUCUGUAUAUUCUUUAUAAGAGUAUCCUAUAACCUGUUCAUCGUCGACCACCACCAGAGGGCACCGUUGCAUAGAAAAUGAUUUACCUGCUACUGGUAUAACGUUAGUCAGUUUGUGCAGAGCAAGUUUGUGUUAAUAAUAAAUCAGGUAACAGAUCUGCUGCGCUACGAAUAAUACAGAUGUAUAUUAGUAGAUGUAAAGUCAAUCAGUCGGGGUCGUCAACUAUUUGUCUUUAUAUCAGACUUUAACAACAUUCAUUGUUUUUAUAGAUAUAAAAUGAUUUCUGCAGUAAGCCAGAGACACAAAACUUUCACAAUUCUACUGUAUCGUGUCAGCAUGUACACUUUUCGCUAUACACUGUACUCACAAAAUAACUAAACAAACAAGCAAAACAGCAGUACAAGACUUUAGAGACUUCGGUACACACGGUAGCAAUUGUCCCUUCAGGUGUGCCGUCCCGUUCCGUUUCCAAAGCAACAAGGACGCAAUAACUGCUGGGUCACAAACCAAAAACUGGAGUUUCAUUUACUAAUACCACAUAUAGUAUAAUUAUAUAUGGGUUGAAUUUGUAAUACUUAAACAGCAAUACAUUUUACUUUCAGGUGAUGAAUGGAAUACUUUUGCAGCUGAUGUCAUUGGCACUUUCCACAAAACACGGCCUUAAACUAAAAAAAACCGUAACUAGGGCUAGUUUUCAACAGAUGGUCAGUAAAAAAGCAGAGGUUUAUUGGUGACUCCAUGGCUGCUGUGCAGUAUUUUAUUGAGAGGUUCUCUGUGACUUGCAACAAGCCCAUGCCCCACCUGCAGCUGUCCUGCUGUCCUUCUCACUGUGCAGUCCCAUGGCAGGACAAGAGUAUAAGGAUUUACGAAAACAACAACCUGCAGCCUCCUUUGGAACUCACUGGUCACCAUGGCAAUGUGUCUGCCAUGGUAAUUGGGAUGGUGAGAGAUCGUCUCGUCUUCUGUAGUGCUUCUGAAGAUUAUGUUAUCGUCUGGGACAGUGAUCGCUGCUACAGACGGAGCAGAGAAGGUGUAACUGCCUCAGGUAGAGUUGUUGGCACAUUGCUCGGCAAGGUGGAGCAUCUGUCACUGUGUCCACUGAGCGCAAAAUUGGCCGCAUGUUCAGGCUCCAGAGUGUUUCUAUUGAAUGCAGAGAGAGAGGAUGUGCUUGGAGUUCUGAAAGCUCAUCUUGGUCCUGUGACUGCAUCAGAGUUCUGUCCAUGGGAUGUUAAUCUUCUCAUCUCAAUCUCAGAGGACAGAACAUUUAAGAUUUGGGAUGUGAAGAAGGGAGAUAUACUCUUUGAAUCUGCUGUCCUGUCAGCGUAUCCACUGCUUAGUCUGUUCUUCGUGGAGCAAAACAGUCAGUUCAUCACAGGGUCUGGUGAUGGACAGUCACUUUGGUGCUACACUCUCCCUGUGGACCACUAAUGCCGCUUGGUGACAAAACUGGACCUUUCGAAGCUAGAACAGAAGCAUGAGAGAAACCACAGAAAAACCAGCUCACCUCAAAAUAAACCAGACGGAAUGACUCGUAAUGAAGUGAGAGGAACAGUGGAGACAGCAAAACCUGUUCUGAAAAUCUGGGCACAGAAACUGCAGUCCAGUCAUGCUAGCCUUCAGCAGAAAGCAAGUUGUGUGUGGAUUGGAAAUUCUGAUGGGCUGUAUCUGCUUGACCUGGAUACUUCAGAGCUUGUCAUGAUUCUUCCACUCAAAGGUGACCUAAGCAUUUCAAUGGCAGGAUCAUGGGCUGUCUCUAAUGGACUUGGUGGCAAUAUGUGUUGUUUGGUGACUUCUCUAUUUGGGACUUCAAUAGCGCUUUUAGAGGUUAAUAGUGGAGAGCUCUGUUUUAGGAUGGCGAUGGACUUCUCUGUGGAUGAGCAACUUUCAGUUGUGCCCAGCUCUCCUCUGAUGACUAUGUCCCCCCUGAAUGCUGAGCUGGCAAAACAUGGCCGAAAACCUCAGAGAAAAAUAGGUGUGAGCUGUCAGAAGAGUGUAAAGGAUCAGGCUUUGGUUUUUCACACGCAAGUGAAGUCAUCAGGAUACAAUACAGCUCCUCAUAGGACAAUGUUUAGACCAAAGACCAGUGUUAAGAAGAAAAGCAACUCUGCCUCAACAACUAGCACAAAUACGAAAUGCAUCUUAAGUGAGUAUCCAUCCCAUUUGGAACCACCAAGUAUGCCUUACGCUCAUUUGACAGUUUCCACAACUCCAACCCCAGUCAGCUCUCUACAGUUCUCCAGAAAUGGAAAGCAGAUUGCGUGUGGUCUUGGAGAUGGUUCUGUUUUGCUGUAUAACUCUUCACUCACCAGCAACCCAGCUGUCUACACAGGUCACAGUAAGGCUGUGAACACUGUAUGCUGGAGUCACAGUAAGCGGUGGUUUUUAAGUACCUCUGAGGACCCCACCCUUUGCAUCUGGACCACGAAUGCUUCAGAACCUGUUCUAACCAUGGGAGAUGACCAGUUUGCAAAGCCCAUCAGAAGUGCUCAAUUUUAUUAUCUGGACAAGUUUUUACUGUUGGCAUCGGGAUCGAAUCUAAUGCUGUACCUUUACCAUCUGGACACCACAAGAGAUGACAUCAAGAGUUACAAGCAAUGGGUGAGCACUCGUCAGAUUGAGAAUCUGUGCAUCAUUUCUGAAGAAUCUGAGAAGAAUAUACUGUAUAUAUAAACACAAGUGUUGGAGAAAUCCUGGAAGAGAUACAUAGGAGACAUGAGCCAGGUAUAAGCAAAGAAGCAAGUCCAAAUUGACCAGUAAAUUCAACAUGAAGUCAGGAACAGACAUCACUUCAAUGUCGGCCAUCAAUGACUUCUACUCCUAUAUCGUCUUGGCUGCUGGCGCUGACCGCACCAUCCAGGUGUUUGAUAUGAACCAGGGCUGUAUGGCCACACAGAUCCCUGAUGCCCACUGUCGAGCUGUCCACCACCUCACCCAGAACAUAGUGUGUUCGCCGCUAUGAGAGCCAUGUUGACCGAUGUCACCAUUGCACUGCGGCCUUCUCACCCUGCAGUCACUUCAUAGCUACUGGCUCAGAGGACCAUUCUGCCUAUAUAUAUGACACAUGCAGAAGCAACUUUCUCCAUAAGCUCCCGAGACACUCUGAAACGGUCCUGAUUGUGGCUUUCAACCCUGCGAAUCCAGAGCUGUUGACUGGAACGCUCGAUGGAAAGCUGGCUUUGUUUCAUCCGGCCGAAUCUCUUCUCCCUUAAGUGUGGAAUCUGCCCCAAUGGCUCAGUUCUUGCCCCAAGUUCACCGAUGCUGCAGACAAAUGAAAUCAGUCACAUUAAGAUUACUCUGCUGGCGUGCCACCUCUGAGACCUACAUCAUGAACGGGAUCUGUGAUAUCAUCAUUUCAGCCGCCACUGACAACCUACAGAUGUGACAUGCUCACGCCCUCAACUGCGAAGCCAAAGACGCACCCUCAGAGAAAAGUCCAUUUGAACUUAGCAACACGUUUCCAUGCAUCUGAUAUGUAAUAUUCUUUAUUAAAGUAAACCUAAAUCUUGAUUGUAAAUCUUCUUUUAGAGUGACUCCUUUUCUAUAAAAUCUACAUAUAUAAUGUACCUGUGAUUUCAGACCAAAAAUGAAUCAUUUUAAGGUGCUCUCCUUUGAAUGAACAUGGAUGAAAGGAGAUGUUUUUUAGGUAAGUUUAUGUUUUAGGUUUGGAUUUACGUAAAGUUGUGUGAAGGUAGCAAUAAAUUGCAGAAUGCAUGCGAGAAAGACAAAACCGCUCACGAUUCAGUAGCGAUAGAGAUAGAGAAGAAUGCUGAGUCUUUAAUGAUGGGUGGUGUCCACUACAACUGCUGGCAGCAUUUCUGCGCCAAUAACUUUUCUGAGGUCAUUCUGUUCUCUGCCCAUUAAGCAACUAUCCCAUAGAGGGUUAUCUUUAGCAAUGCACGUUUUGCAACAGUUUAUAUUGACUCUUCUGACUGUUAAUGUUAUACCUUAAUAUCUAACUGUAUUGAUGUACAGCAAAUAAUAGGUUUGCAUAAAAAAGCCAAAAUAUGAAUAAUAUUUUAAUGCUGCAUUUUCUGUUUCCUGUGGACGUGAGAAUGUACUGUGGGUCACAUUUUUUUCUAUUUUGAAAGUGUAUGAAAUACCAAGAUAAAACUAAAGAAAAAUACAUUUUUAAUGUUUUAUUUGGACAUAAGUUCUAAAUGUAAAUGUUCAUUGUCAUUGGUCAUGUUUGAUCUGUACUUUUGAAUUAAAGAAAAACAAUAAUGCUUCAACUUCUCUCUUAUAGAGUAAUUGGAUUUGGCUGCUUUUCCUAAACAGAAAAAAUGGGGACUUCUAAUGGUAAACAGAGAGAUGUUAAAUAUGGAUGCACUUAACCACCUGUUUUUGUGAAUAACAAGUUCUGGUGAAGUCUGUGUGUGAGUUACUUUCAAAGACCUCAUUUUUAGAAAUAUGCUCCUAACGGCUCCAAGUUUAGGACAGGAUGCUGAAAACUUGCUUUGGUGAUGUGUGAAAUGAGCUGUCAAAAAACAUGGAGAAUAAAUGGAGAUUACUGAAUUGGCCACAAUGUUCUUAACCUCUUCUUACUAGC